CCGCAUUCCUUCAAGAAGCAGGAAAAUCACCUUCAAAUGGUUGCCGGUGGUGGGCCGCCCUGAGCCUCAUCCCUCCUCCUGGGGGCAGCCGAGGAAGAGGCAGCCACUGAAGCCUCCCAGGCAUGUCACUUAGAAGACAGGAAUGCAGCUCUGCUGAGGAACACAGAAGCCUGGAAUGGAAGCCACGUGGAGGGAAAUGAGCAUUCUAGGAAGCCACGUCUGCCAUGAUGAGAAACAAACCAGCAUCUAAUGGAUAUUGAUGGAUUGGGAAACCAAAAGUGCAGUAAGAAAACCAAUUACAUAGGAAGAAGAAAUCCUCUGAAGGUGCUGAUCUUGUGGAACUCUUUGCCUCCUUCACAGAUCAAAGAAGGAAAAAGAAGAGUCAAGUGUCUCUAUUUCAGUAAAUAAUGAAUAUCACUCUCAACCUUGGGAAGAAACUCCAUAAAUGUACAGAAUGUGGGAAGGGCUUUAGUUGUCUGGGCACUCUGCAGUUACAUGAAAGAACUCACACUGGGGAGAAACCCUACACCUGCUUGGAGUGUGGACAGAGCUUUGCUCAGAUUGGACACCUGCAGUCACAUCAAAGGAUCCACACUGGGGAGAAACCCUACACUUGCUUGGAGUGUGGACAGAGCUUCGCUCAGAGUGGACAACUGCAUGCCCAUGAAAGGACUCACACUGGAGAGAAACCCUAUACAUGCCUGGAGUGUGGAAAGAGCUUUGCGCUGAGUGGAAAUCUGCAUUCCCAUCAAAGGACUCACACUGGGGAGAAACCCUAUACAUGCUUGGAAUGUGGAAAGAGCUUUGCGCUGAGUGGAAAUCUGCAUUCCCAUGAAAGGACUCACACUGGGGAGAAACCCUAUACAUGCCUGGAGUGUGGAAAGAGCUUCACUCACAGCGGAGGUUUACGUUUACAUCAAAGGACUCACACUGCGGAGAAACCCUAUACAUGCUUGGAGUGUGGACAGACCUUUGCGCAGAGUGGACAUCUGCAGUCACAUCACAGAACUCACACUGGGGAGAAACCCUAUAAAUGUGCCGAAUGUGGAAAGCGCUUUAGUCGACAUGGCUUUUUGCAGAACCACGAAAGAACUCACACUGGGGAGAAACCCUAUACAUGCUCGGAGUGUGGCAAGAGCUUCAAUUCGAAUGGGAACCUAUAUUCACACCAAAGAACUCACGCUGGGGUGAAACCCUAUAUAUGCUUGGAAUGCGGAAUGGGCUUCACUCUGAACGGGAGCCUACAGAGACACCAAAAAGCUCACACUGGGGAGAAGCCCUAUGCAUGCCUGGAGUGUGGAAAGAACUUUGCCCAUAGUGAGAUCCUACAGAGACACCAAAGAACACACACUGGGGAGAAACUGUAUACAUGCCCCGAGUGUGGAAAGAGCUUCACUGACAAUGGAAAUCUAAAUAGACAUCAAAGCACUCAUACUGGAGAGAAACCCUACAAAUGCCUGGAGUGUGGACAGAGCUUCAGUCAGAGUGGAAAUCUACGUUCACAUCAAAGAAAUCACACUGGAGAGAAACCCUAUACAUGCCCCGAGUGUGGAAAGAGCUUCACUGACAGUGGAAAUCUAAAUAGACACCAAAGCAGUCACGCUGUAGAGAAACCCUACAAAUGCUUGGAGUGUGGACAGAGCUUCGCUCGGAGUGGACAACUGCAUUCCCAUCAAAGGACUCACACUGGAGAGAAACCCUAUACGUGCCUGGAGUGUGGAAAGAGCUUCAAUGACAGUGGAAAUCUAAAUAGACAUCAAAGAAGCCACACUGGGGAGAAACCCUACACAUGCCUGGAGUGUGGAAAGAACUUUUCUCAGAGUGGACAACUGCAUUCCCAUGAAAGGACUCACACUGGAGAGAAACCCUAUACAUGCCUGGAGUGUGGAAAGAGCUUCUCUCAGAGAGGAAAUCUACAUUCACAUCAAAGAACUCACAUUCGGAAUAAUCCAUAUCCAGGCAUUCCUUGGUUGCAAACAGGAGAGGUUCUGUAGGCUUGUUCUUAAGUUACGAUGUUUUUAUAUAAGUCAGAAUACAUACCUUUAAAAAGUUUAAUUUCAGACAUUGUAAAGUGUUGAUGGCAUAGGAAAGGGUUCACACUCCUUGAACAUUUGUUUUGCAGAACCUAUACACCUGUUCAGAAGAUUUCUAUUCCCUUUCUGUUCCUGUGAAAAUUGGAUUUUGAAAAUUUUGUUUGGUUGUCAUGGAAACAAGGCUUGGUGAUAAAUUUAUUUAUUUAUUAUUUAUUUAGUUUUUAUAACACGGUCUUCUCAACCUCUGAAGUGGGACUCAGGCUGGCUAACAACAGGAAAUUCAAACACAAAUAAGCUAAAACAUAAUAACAUCAUAAUACAUUAAUACAUUAAAAUACAUUACAAUACAGAUUAAAUAAUUACAUAAAGCCAAAUCGUCAAGGUAAAUCACAAAUUCAUCACCAUCCGCCAGUGUGGUCAGCAGUUACUGACUCGAUCAUCAUUCUGAGAAUGCUGUGUUCCAGAGCCAAGAUUUUACCAGCUUUCUGAAAGUCAGGAGUGAAGGGGCAGAUCUAAUCUCCAUCGGGAGAGAGUUCCAGAGCCGAGGGGCCACCACCGAGAAAGCCCUGUCCCUCGUCCCCACCAGACGUAAUUGCGAAGGUGGUGGGACCGAGAGCAGGGCCCCUCCAGAAGAUCUUAACAACCUUAAUAUUGUAAUUAGCUUAAUGUUAUGUUAAUACUUCCAUUAUGGAUGUGUGUUGCACACCAAGGCUGGCGUUGGCACCUUUGAACCCGUAAACACACCAAUGUUCUUUAUAGCAAAGCAAUUUAUUGAGGAUUAAUAUAGCAAUAGCCAAAAAGGUAA